GGGCUUGGGGGCAGUCUGCUGGCAGGCAGCACAGACAGCAGAUGCGGCUGCUAUAAACUCCAUGCUGUCCACUCUCAUCCAGGGUGCUAGCACAGGACAGUAUUGGCUGAGAGGAGCCCGAGCUUCCACCAUGCAGACUCUGGUUGUUCUCCUGUGGCUCAUGCUCCUAGCUACGCCCAGCAGUGCUCAGGAUCUGGCUGCUGAGCAGGACUCCAGUAUCCCUGAAGGAGGCAACACGGAGGCAGUGGAGGAGGAAGAUCCCUUCUACAAAAGUCCUGUAAACAAACUUGCAGCUGCAGUCUCCAACUUUGGCUAUGACCUGUAUCGCCAGCAGUCAAGCAAGACUCCUACUGCCAAUGUGUUACUGUCUCCCUUCAGUGUGGCUACCGCACUCUCUGGCCUUUUACUAGGUGCUGGAGAGCGAACGGAAGGCUUGAUUUCUCGGGCUCUCUUCUACGACCUGCUUGACAAGGCUGAGGUGCACAACACCUACAAGGAGCUGCUGGCCAGCAUCACUGCACCUGCCAAGGGCCUAAGAAGUGCCACCCGCAUUGUUGUGGAGAGAAAACUAAGAAUGAAAAUAGGGUUUGUGAGCCAGCUGGAGAAGUCCUAUGGAGCACGGCCCAAGGUGCUGACUGGCAAUGCCAACUCAGAUCUUCAAGACAUCAACAACUGGGUACAACAGCAGACCAAGGGGAAAAUGGUCAAAUUCCUGAAGGCGAUACCUACCAGCAUCAGCAUCUGCCUCAUUGGGGCAGCUUAUUUGAAAGGGCAGUGGGGGACCAAGUUUGACCCCACAAAAACUACGCUGCAAGACUUCCACUUGGAUGAAGAAAGAUCCGUGAAGGUGCCCAUGAUGUCGGAGCCCAAAGCCAUAUUGCGAUAUGGCUUUGAUUCAGAACUCAACUGCAAGAUUGCCCAGCUGCCGCUGAGCGGCGGAGUCAGUGCGAUGUUCUUCCUGCCGCAGAAGGUGACCCAGAACAUGACGCUGAUCGAGGAGAGUCUCACCUCGGAGUUUGUCCAUGACAUAGACAAGGAGCUGAAGACCAUCCCCGCUGUGCUGAGCAUGCCCAGGCUGACGCUGAGCUCCGAGGGGGCACUUGGUAGCACGCUGCAAGAGAUGAGGCUCCAGUCGCUCUUCACAUCACCUGACUUCAGCAAGAUUUCUCCCAAACCCACCAAGCUCUCUCACGUGCAACACCAGGCAGUCCUGGAACUAAACGAAGACGGGGCAGGAUCCACACCAAACCCUGUUCCAAAUGCUGCUCGCCUGACCUUCCCUCUCGACUACCAUCUGGACAGACCUUUCCUUGUUGUGCUGCGAGACGACGCCACGGGAACCCUGCUCUUUAUUGGCAAAGUCCUGGACCCGAGGAGCACUUAGCUCCCUCCAGAAAGGCUGGGUAACCGGGAGGGAUGCUGGCUCCCUGCUCUGUUGUAUGGUCAAACUUGCAAAUCUUCUGCCUACAUGCUGCAAUAAAAGAGCUUUUGCCACUAA